AUAUAAAUGUUAUUAUAAUAUAUAAAUCAGUCCUAAAAUAUAUUGAAAUAAUUUUUGAACAAUAGAAUGUCAUUUUUGUGUAUAAGAGGAUAGUUUUGAACUGGUUCAAAAUGGUUGAAAGCAAUACUUUUGAAAGAGAUAAUGCAUUAGAAGAAGUUAAGUACAUACCCACUGAAGAGCGAAAUGUAAGCAAGCUAAAGCCGGAAUAUAAAGCAAAACGACCCGAUACUUUUUUCUUAUAUUUUACAGUUGCAACAGGAGUUUUAACAUGGAUGGUUGGAGGCAAUACAAUUGUUUGGUCGUCGUCGGCAAUAUUAAAACUAAAAUCCAACGAUACCAAUAUAAAUCCUCUUGGAAAACCAAUCACAACUGUCGAAAUCUCUAUGAUGGUUGGCAUUCCAGCGACAGUUGGAUUGAUUGGAUCAAUGUUACUUCCAAAGUUAGCAGAUCUGAUUGGACGAAAACGAAGCUUACAAGUUCUAGGAUUAUUAAUUUUUACUUGUAUCCCUAUGAUUCCGUUUUUGCUAUUUUUUCAUUUUGCCCCAGAGAGCCCUGUUUAUUUAUUAGCUAAAGAAAAAAGAGGAGAAUGUAUAGCAGCUAUAAGAAAAUUAAGAAAUAAUAAAACUGAUAAGGAAUUAGAAGUCGACUUGAAAAAAAUUGACGAUAUUAUUUGUCUGGCAAAAGGAUCUAAAGAAAGCAAUAUUUUAGGGUUAUUUAGAACAAAAGAAACAAGAAAAGGGUUGCUAUUAGCUUUGUUACCUGUAACUGUACAAUAUUUGUGUGGUGUGCCAGUACUCAUGCCCUACAUGGCCCCUAUUUUAAACGAAUCUGGUUCCAAUCUUUCGGGAAGUACACUAGCAAUUAUUAUGGGAGUUGUCAAGUCAACAACAUAUCUUUUCAUAUCAAACAUAAUCGAAAAAGUAGGCAAGAGACUUUUACUUCUUAUUUCUUGUGUGGGAGCUGGACUAUCUGUAUCGAUUCUGGGGAUGCAUUUUAAAGAUGCUGGAAAUCCGAAUAUCAGGACGGUAGUUGGUGCAAUUUGGGCUGAAGAUAAUGCAACAAAUUCCAUAAAACCAUUAGUUAUCGAACUAAACUACGUAACAGUUGCGAGAACAAAAAUUCAUGGAGAGGAAUAUUUUACUCGGCAAGAAAAAACAAGCCCAGAAUUACCACCUAAUGUUGAAGAAGAAGUAGAGUCAGAUAGUAUUAAUCCAAGAGGGGAAGGGCUAAUAGAAACUAUAAGAGAUGCAAUUCCAAGUACCAGAGUGGUUUCAUCUGACCUUUUAAAACAUCAAUAUCAAGUUCCAUUUUUGGAUUAA